CCUCUCAAUUCUCAUCGCCCCUCCUCCCCCCAUCUCUACCCCUUUUUCCUUUCUCUCUCUCUUAAAAGGACCUCUCUCAUAAAAACUACUUUCUGUUCCCUCCCUUUCAUUUUCUUCACUGACAGAGAAUACCUGCACACUUUCUCACGCACGCACGCAUACUCAAAACAGAACCCCAGAGCCCACUCCCUUCAGACACAUACAUCACCCUCUCUCUCUUUGCCCCUUAUCAUAAUCCUUAGCCAUUGAGAGUGAGAGACAGAGAGAGAUUGCGGAAGAGGACAGAGCAGAGAAAAAACGCAGAGAUUUUUCCAGCUCCAGAUCAUACUCUCCCUCUUUUAAUUAAUCUUUUUGCCUAUUUUUUUUAUUCUGUCAGUCACUGGAUUCAUCAAAUCCCGCUUUGACACCCCCAUAUAACUCUCUCCCCCUCCCUCGUUUCUCUUCCUUCCUCAUCGAACGCAAACCGUUUAGCUAAACUUCAUGAUGUUAAAGCUUUGGUUUUGAAGUUUAGGGUUUUUUAGAAGUUUGCUGGCAAGGGCUGUGUUUGUUGUUCUCUUUGAAGUUGGGGUGAAGGUUUUGUUGUUUGGUUCUCGAUAUGGAUAGUUACCAUCAUUUUGACAACGGUGAUACUCACUUACCUCCUGGCUUUCGAUUCCAUCCAACUGAUGAAGAGCUUAUUACUUACUAUCUCUUGAAAAAGGUUCUUGAUAGUAGCUUUACUGGUAGAGCUAUAGCUGAGGUCGACCUUAACAAGUGCGAGCCUUGGGAACUUCCUGAGAAGGCAAAGAUGGGGGAAAAAGAGUGGUACUUUUUCAGUUUGAGAGAUAGGAAGUACCCAACUGGGUUGAGAACUAACCGAGCAACUGAAGCUGGUUAUUGGAAGGCUACGGGAAAAGAUAGGGAGAUUUAUAGCUCAAAGACUUGUGCACUUGUUGGAAUGAAGAAGACUCUAGUUUUUUAUAGAGGAAGAGCUCCUAAAGGAGAAAAGAGCAACUGGGUCAUGCAUGAAUAUCGCCUGGAAGGCAAAUUUGCUUACCAUUAUCUCUCCAGAAGCUCCAAGGACGAAUGGGUCAUAUCCAGGGUCUUUCAGAAGAGUGGCUCUGGCAGUGGUGCCACCAGCAGCACUGGCGGAGGAGCCAAGAAGACGCGCACGAACGCCUCCGUGGCUCUUUACCAAGAACCAAGCUCCCCUUCCUCGGUCUCCCUUCCGCCUCUCCUGGAUCCCACCACAGCUGCUACUGCCACUACUGCCACUUCCCUCACAGAUCGUGACAGCUGCUCCUACGACAGCCAUUCCCAACCCGAGCACGUGUCCUGUUUCUCCACCAUUGCUGCUGCAGCUGCCUCCGCUGCUGCCACCACCCCAGCUGCACAUCCUGCCUUCAACCCUGGUUUUGACCUUGCAGUGCAACCACCACAAAUGAUCAACAAUACUUUUGAUCCGAUCGCAAGGUUUUCGAGAAAUGUGGGUGUUUCAGCAUUUCCUAGCUUAAGGUCUCUUCAGGAGAAUUUGCAUUUACCCUUCUUUUUCUCCCCUCCAGCAUUGGCGGCACCGCCACCCCACAGUGGCUCCUCCCUGAACUGGGGGGCAGUGUCCGAAGAAGGUAACGGUGGUUCUGGUGCUGGUGGCAAGAUGUCCAUGGGUCAUACUGAGCUUGAUUGCAUGUGGACUUUCUAAUUAGGAACUUGAGGAAUUCGGUUUGAACUUUCUAUUAUUAAUUAAUUGCUAAAUUAUGUUGUCAUUGGAGGUAGGCUAGGAAAAGGACUGCUGAUUAAUGUCAGCCAGAUUUCAAUCUCAUGCCUGUAAUAUA